AUGGGUCAAGACAAUCGAGACGACCAGGAUGGAUGUCGCCAUAGCCUUAGCUAUGUAAAGGGAUCUAAAGACCAUAAUACGGAGCGGGAAGAUUCAAGCCCAUAUACGGGUAUUUACCCACGUAGUUCGCCUCCUGGCCCGAUUCCACGCGUGAAUACACAAUUAAAGCUGAUAUCACAUAUGGACUCCUUGAACCUCGGGAGUAAUAGACGUGGACAAUCACCUGACAUCAGCAUAGUGCUCAAGUGCAUCCAGAAAAAUGUAAAACGCCCCGAAACCGAAUCCACGGCAUCUCGAAAGAACAGGAAAAAAAGAACGGAAGAGUGGUUGCUCGACCAAGGUAUUCACGACAUUCAACCUGGUAGUGAUGUGGCCCGACUCGAUACUCCCUCUUGCUUUCCUCGAGCUAAUGCAACAUUAACUCCACUAGCUGAGUUAGAAGAGGCCCAUUCGAGCGAGGGCACAUCACAUGAAUUGGAUCAGCAAUCUGACUGCUUCUCUGACGAUUUGAAGUCCAUAUCAGAUUAUCUAGGAACUAAAGCUACCAGCACUUCAAGAUUCGAAGAUUUAGAAGAGGUCGAAGUAUCAUGUAUUCCAAAUGAGCAAGAGGGCGUUGAUGAAAAAUAUCAGCAACUUUUGCCCUCCCUCAAGGGGUUGCGAAUAGUUGAAGGCCUCACAGUCCAACAGUUUGGUGCAAAUCCUACCCAAGAAGGUACGAGUUCUUCUCGAAGGGGCCAAGGACCUGCAUCAUUUGGAUUCAAUCUACCAGGAGGAAGCCGUUCGACCUCGAAUAAGAAGAGGAAGCUAGGGGAAAACAAUAAUGGUAAAUCAGAAGACGAUAACCAUGACGAUAGUGACGAGGACGGUUCUCGACGGUUAAGAGCAAGGCAUGAUAAAGGAAAAAAUGUGGAGUCGGCGCUGCUAGCCUGCCCCUACUUUAAGCACGACUCGAGAAAGUAUAGUGGUAAAGAGUGGAAGAGAUGCCGUGGGCCUGGCUGGGAUUCCGUUCGUCGAAUGAAAGAACACUUAUACAGUCGUCACCGCCAGCCAGAGUUCGUGUGUAGGCGGUGUGGCAACUGUUUUGCGAUUGAGGAUAAUCUUAACGAUCACAGCCGGCAAACCAAGCCUUGCGAAGUACGACUACUUCCCCCAAUGUGUGGUUUUGAUUCGACACAAGAAAAAUUACUAAGAUCUCGAAAGAGGGAAUUUACCAGCAUGUCGGAGUUUGAUAAGUGGAAAUUAACCUACACAAUCUUAUUUCCUGAUGUUCCCAAAUCUCAAAUUCCGUCUCCUUAUUACGGUCAUAUCGGAUCUGUUUCUGAUGUCCUGAGUGACUUCGAAGAAUUCGUGCAGACGGAAAUAAGUGGAGAUUUCCGAGCUACCUUGGAACACGGCUUGGAGACCAAUUUCAACCUCACGGAGGACAGGUCUAAGCAAAAGGCAAUCGAGUGGCUUAAGGAUAUUCAAGUCGAAUUGGUGCGAUCCUUUCAAGCUCGCUGUUGGUCAAGGGCUUCUCUACCAACCACAUCUACCAACCCUGGGCCUUCCGAAGUUAGAACGUUGAGUUCUGAGAUGACCCCGCCAAGUUUUGAAGGAUCCCAACUUCUCACGGAAGUAUCAACCACUCUAACCAUCGAGUCUAUCAUAGACGACGAUGUAUACACUGAAAGAAACGAGGAGUCGUUAGGUUACUUCGGCGGCCAUUGGUUAAAUGAUAAUACUUAUCCGUUCCUGGUUGAGCAAUCCCAUGACGAACGACCACCAAAGCCUGCCGACUCGGCAUACUGGUCCAUGGAAUCGAAAGAAGAUUGUUAA